AUGCCUAGGAUUGCAGGUCUUACUCCUUUCACCAAGGCUGACGAGGCUGAUAAGGAACAUGCCGUCGACACCGGAUUCCACUCCGAGGGCGAGGAGGAUUUCGUGUCCAGACCUCCCACUGAGCAGAUCAAGCGUCGUCUUUCUGGCGUUGAGAAUCCUCAAGCCAAAAAGGCACCAGCAUGGAUCACUCUCACCGUAUGUCUCUCCCCCAUCACCCCCCAUCGCGGCCCUGAGCCAACUUCGAACCCCACUUUUCUCCCCAUGUACCUUGGUAUCGCUGGAAAUCUCGCUCCCGACAAGUCGAUGCUCGAAGUCGGUCUGAGUAUUCACGAUGCCACCUACUCUAUCGAUUUCUCCAUCAAGCACAUCCGUUUCCCAAACUGUGAGCCAAAUCCUACAGCGAUCGCAGACUUUAUCGUCCAAACUAUCAAGGAUUUCUCCAAAGAGCAUCUCAUGAAGUUUGUUGGUGCUGGUGUCACUUCUCGUCUCGUUGAGCUUUCUCCAAAUAUUUGCGGUCGCCUCUGGCGCGACUUGGACAUUGUCCCCCUCGUCUUCCACGUCCGAUCCACUCAACGCCUGACGCCAGGGCGCCCUCUCGCGAAGCUCGAUGCACAAGGGUUCCCAAUUCAAUCUACGGGUGUUCUUACCCCUCAACCAGGUGGAGAGGGUGCUGCUCAACAAAUCCAAGCGCCCCCGAGCAAUAUUCUUUCCGUUGCGGCUGGAACUGCCCAGACCCAAGCUGCAGACGCUUCUGCGCCUGUUCGUCCUGCAGAUGAACAAGCUGAUUCUGCCGUCAGAAAAGCGGUUCUCUACUUUGGUCCCUCUGGUCACAACCCACGUUUGUCAAUCGGAUUCAGGAACGAGGUCGAACCUGAUGCGGCUGGGCGCAUUCGUAUCGUCGAUAGCAUUGAAGACUAUCGCUCGACCGUCCGUGAACCUACAUUCAAGGCCGUACUCCAUUAUGCAAAGAUAUUGCGCGAGAAGAAGAUCAAAAUUGCCUUCUUCAGCUCCACACCCCAGGGUGGAGAUAUUCUUCAGGGUGUCGCCGAUCCGUCUCUGCGGUUGACCCUCGCGCAACAGGAACAAUUCACUCAAUGGAUCAACUAUAAUGCCCAGCGCUACUGGCUCUCUGAGGGUGGUCCAUUGGCUGCCGGAGGUGCCGAUGUUAUCUUUAUCGACGACCCACAGAUGCCAGGUCUGAUCCCUCUUAUUCGCAAGGCGCGCCCCGAAGUCCCGAUUAUCUAUCGAUCCCACAUUGAGGUCCGCAGCGACCUCAUCCACAUAGAAGGCUCUCCUCAAGCCGAAGUGUGGGAUUACCUCUGGAGCAGAAUUCAACAUGCGGACAUGUUCAUCUCCCACCCAGUGGACAAGUUUAUUCCCGACACGGUACCCUUAGAAACUGUCGGCUUAUUGCCGGCCACCACCGAUUGGCUUGAUGGACUGUCUAAGCCUUUGCACUACUGGGACAUCCAAUACUACAUGGGUAUCUUCCGAACCCUUUGCUCGGAAAUUCGCAUGAGCAAGUUGAUGUGGCCUGCGCGUGAAUACAUCGUCCAAGUCGCCCGUUUCGACCCCGCCAAGGGCCGGUGCCCACAACUUUUGAUCUGUGGUCAUGGUGCCAUUGAUGAUCCUGAUGCAAGCAUCAUCUACUCCGAGACCUUGGCCCUCCUUGAAACCGAGGA